AUACUGGUACUUACUACUACUUAUAAAUCACUGUAAUUACAUUAGUUUUUUUGUAGAUGCACUUUAAUUGUUUGAUGUUUUAAAUUCAAUAAAAUGAAUUCAAAACUCGCAUUCUGUCUCUUAUUAUUUAAAAAUAUGAAUAUAAAUAUGACAAUAAUGUCUAAGAAAUUUGCGAAGCGAUCAAGUUUAAAUGAUGUUUUCAUUAAGCAAGAAGAAUAUAAGGAGGGUAAAUAGUUUUAUUACGAUUGUUAAGACAUAAUAUUAGGGUCCCAAGAUGAAAUCUAAUAAAAACGGGAGUUGGUCCACAGCUCAUAUUUUGAAAAUUGGGACUUUUAUCAUCGCUAAUUCACGCGCCGAGCGUUUCUUCCGGCUUCGCGGCGCUGAAUCUCUCAGGUGUUUUGAUGAAGUGUCAUGGAGGCUGUUAGCCACCACCACUGCUGACGGUUUCGUUACUGUCUAAAUCCCGCUUUUAAUCGCUCCACCUCACUGUCAGCUCCCCGAGUGCAAAGGUUGACAGCCGGUGGAACCAUGGAGUCCAUGCUCAAUAAACUAAAGAGCACCGUCACCAAGGUGACGGCUGAUGUGACCAGUGCCGUCAUGGGCAACCCUGUCACGCGAGAGUUCGAGGUGGGCCGACAUAUCGCCAGCGGGGGUCCAGGAAUGAGCUGGAGGAUCUACAACGGCACCAAAAAGUCCACCAAACAGGAAGUGGCAGUCUUCGUGUUCGAUAAGAAGAUCAUCGAUCGCUAUCAGAAGUUCGAGAAGGAUCAGAUCAUCGAUUCGCUGAAGAAAGGAGUCCAACAGCUGACGCGGUUACGGCAUCCGCGCCUCCUCACGGUUCAGCACCCUCUGGAGGAGUCCAGAGACUGUCUGGCGUUCUGCACGGAGCCUGUGUUUGCCAGUCUGGCGAAUGUGCUCGGCCAGUGGGACAACCUCCCUAGUCCUGUUCCCACAGAUAUCAAAGAAUACAAGCUCUACGACGUUGAGACCAAAUACGGCUUACUGCAGGUCUCGGAGGGUUUGUCGUUCCUCCACAGCGGGGUUAAAAUGGUUCAUGGGAACUUGUGUCCAGAGAACAUCAUCUUGAAUAAGAGCGGAGCCUGGAAGAUCAUGGGCUUCGACUUCAGUAUCUCCUCUAGUAACCCGUCUGACACCGAGCCCAAGUAUGUUUGUAAAGAGUGGGACCCCAAUCUACCGCCCCUUUGCCUUCCGAACCCCGAAUACGUCGCUCCGGAGUACAUCCUGUCCGUCAGCUGUGACGCGGCCUCUGACAUGUAUUCCCUGGGCGUAUUGAUCCACGCCGUGUUUAAUGAAGGCAAGCCUGUCUUUCAGGUCAACAAGCAGGACAUAUUCAAGAGCUUCAGUCGACAGCUGGACCAGUUGAGCCACCUGAGUCCAGGAUUAUUGAGUCAGAUCCCAGAGGAGGUCAGGGAACACGUGAAGAUGCUGCUCAGCGUCACCUCAAACGUGCGCCCAGAUGCAGAUCAGAUGACAAAGAUUCCCUUCUUCGAUGAUGUUGGAGCGAUGACCCUUCAGUACUUCGACUCGCUCUUUCAACGGGAUAACUUACAGAAGUCUCAGUUCUACAAAAGCCUCCCCAAAGUCCUGCCCAAGCUACCCAAGAGAGUGAUCGUAUACAGAAUCCUCCCGGCGCUCACGUCCGAGUUUGUCAAUCCCGACAUGGUUCCGUUCGUUCUUCCCAAUGUGCUGCUCAUCGCCGAGGAGUGCACAAAGGAGGAAUACAUCCGCCUUGUUCUCCCUGACCUCACACCGGUUUUCAAACAGCAGGAGCCAGUACAGGCUAGCAACAUGAUCCUGCUGAUAUUUCUGCAAAAGAUGGACCUUCUUUUGACCAAAACGCCUCCUGAAGACAUCAAGAACAGCGUUCUGCCCAUGGUGUACAGAGCAGUGGAGGCCCCCUCCAUUCAAAUACAGGAACUCUGUCUAAAUAUCAUUCCCACGUUUGCCAAUCUAAUCGAGUACCCUUCCAUGAAGAACGCACUUAUCCCUCGUAUCAAAUCUGCUUGUUUACAGACAUCCUCGCUAGCGGUGAGGGUGAACUCUUUAGUGUGCCUAGGCAAGAUUCUGGAAUACCUGGAUAAAUGGUUCGUCAUUGACGAAAUUCUACCGUUCCUGCAACAAAUUCCAUCCAGGGAACCAGCCGUGCUCAUGGGCGUUCUGGGCAUCUAUAAGUGCACUUUCACCCAUAAGAAACUGGGCAUCCCAAAAGAGCACCUGGCUGCGAAGAGUUUACCUCAUCUGGUCUCGCUUAGCAUCGAUAACAACCUCAACCUUAACCAGUUUAACUCGUUCAUGGCUGUGAUCAAGGAGAUGUUGAAUCGCAUGGAGGCCGAGCACAAGACCAAAUUAGAGCAGCUGCACAUCAUGCAAGAGCAGCAAAGGAGUUUAAACAUAAACCCGAUGAACCAAUCAGAGGAGACUAAGAACACGCCCAGCCCAGCCACACAAGUCAGAGACAUCGAUGAGAUCUUCGGCGGCGGUUCGGGGAGUGCAGGUGUGAACGGGAAAGAGAACGGUUCCUCAUCAACCGUUUCUCAGCCCUCGCGAGUGUCUCUCACCCUGGAAGAAAAGCAGCGUUUGGCUAAAGAACAGGAACAGGCAGCCAAACUAAGAAGCCAGCAGCCUCUGGCUCCACAGAGCGUCAAACCGGCCGCAUCGACACCUCAGGCGAAGGAUCUGACCAGCAGUCUUCUGAACAACAUGACAUCUCUGAACAGCCUCUCUUUGAACUCUGGGACCAGGACGAUGCCCAUGCAGGGCAGCACUAUACCCUCAACCUUCCCAGCUGGACCCACCAUGAGUGGAAUGGGCACCAUGGGCAUCAGCAAUGGUUUCAACUCUCCCAUGGGAUUCCAGACGGGAAGUAUGGGAAUGGGCAUGAGACCUGCUGCUCCCAGCCUCUACGGAGGCAUGGCCACCACUACUAGCACUCCGAAUUUCGGUGCCCUCAGCCAGAACCAAAACCAAAACCAACCCAGCAAGCCUGCAGACAUGUCGGCCCUAGACUCCCUCUUCACUUCUAGCAAACCCAAAGUCAGCAUGAACCAAAUGGCUCCUAAACCGACCCCGGGAGCAACCGCGCCUUCCCCGUGGCUCAGUCAGUUUGGGCCAGGCCAGCCUUCCCAGAAUGCACCCAUGCAGGCGACUCCGAUGGGGAUGACGGGAGUUCAGGGUGGGUUCGGAAUGCAAGCAAACCCGUUCUUCAACCCUCAGAACUUCUCGCAACCUGUGGCCUCUUCAACAAUGAACCCUGGGGCGAUGAAGCAGAGCGCUUCGGUCAGCAACGAUCUGAAGGACCUCUUCGGAUAAAACUCUUGCCUUUUCGCUCGUGUUUUCCCCCCCCGGAACGGGCCGGAAUCAAAACGAAACAACAUCAGCAGCGAAGAUGACAAUUUGGUUGGACAUGGCGUCCUUGAAAGACAGUGUUUGAAAAGUUCUGGUUUGUUUUGUCUUCAUUUUUUUUUUUUUAACCCUCAUCAAUGGUGCACUUAUCUUCUCGAGUGAAUCGACGGCACCAAACAAAAAUCGUGUUUCUACAGAAAGCUCGGGCUCUUCCACCGAAAGCUGCUUUCAUCGGUGGAAGCGUCGCAUUCGUCGUAUCGUCGGAUUUGACGCGUGCCCAAGAAGAUACAAAAGGAGUCACAAACUCGAGCUCUUUCGGGUUCAUUUCCUUUUUGCUUGAGCCUCACGUGCCCCGAAGUGAGUCGACUUCCUCUACCAGAACAAACUUUAUCGUUGGCUUCGCUGUUUUGCCGAUUCGCGAAAAGUAAAGGAACAGGUGGCGGAGUCCGUAGUUUCGAGCCGGAAUGAGCGUUUUUAUAAUUGUGUACAUAUAUUGUAUCUGGUGAUUGUUGUUUGAUACAUGAUCCACUGAGGUAAAAAAAAAAAAUCUUAGGAAGGACGCUGUCUUCAUACUGUAGGUGCACUAAAUGUAAUAGAGAUUUUAAAAAUUAUAUUAAAAAAAAUGUAGGUUUUG